CAGGCGAAGAUGGCGGACGCACAAACCGAGAGGGCUUAUCAGAAGCAGCCCACCAUCUUCCAGAACAAGAAGCGUGUUCUUGUAGCUGAAAGAGGCUAAGGAAAAGCUUCUAGGAGCACAAGUGUUGGGCUUGGCUUCAAAACCCCAAGAGAGGCUAUUGACGGCACUUACAUUGACAAGAAAUGCCCCGUCACCGGAGACGUCUCCAUCCGUGGACCUAUCCUCUCUGGUGUAGUGACCAAAAUGAAGAUGAAGAGGACCAUUGUGAUCAGAUGGGACUACCUGCAUUACAUUCGCAAAUACAACCGUUUUGAGAAGAGGAAUAAGAACAUGUCUGUCCAUCUGUCACCUGCCUUCGGAGAUGUCCAGGUUGGAGACAAUGUAAUCGUUGGAGAAUGCCGACCCCUCAACAAGACCGUGAAGUUACACAGGCUGCUGGGUCCAAGAAGCAGUUCCAGAAGUUGGAUGACUGACAUGAAGGCAUUCUUGACUGGCGUGUGCUGUUCAAAAUAAACAAAUGUUCUCAGU